AUUCAUGGUAAUAGUAGUAGUAGAGAUGAGAGACGAACAGAGAAAAGAGAGAGAGAGAGAGUAAAGGUUUAGAUUGCAGGUAGCACUGGGUGUGGGAACAAAGAAAUGGGUCCAUUCUCCUACUAAUUAUAAGCUUUUUGGCACAAAGACACGAUCCGGGUCUGCCGCUUCAUCACCACCUCUAUCUCCUCUCCCAUCUUUCUUUUAACCAUUCUCAUCUUUCCUUUCCUUUGAUUUCAACUCCAUCCAUCUUUAUUUGGCAUACAACGAAAUUAAGUUUCUGAAAUGGAGGAUCAUCACUACGGAAUGGCGGAUCUGAGGCCGUUCAUGAGCAACACCUCCCUCUUCACUUCCAUUCCGCCGCCGCAGACGGCGGACAUACUCUCCGCCCAUCACUACGAGAUGGUCAUGGCCCCGCCUCGCCCAGGACUGCACCACGACUUCCUCGCCGAUUCCAGCACUAGCGCCGGAGCUGCGUCUAGUGGCGGCGCCGGGUUCAGUGGGCUGGAACUGGAAACCGCCGCCGCCGCCAACGGCAGCGGGCGGUGGCCCAGACAGGAAACUCUCACCCUUCUUGAAAUCCGAUCACGACUUCAUCCCAAGUUCAAAGAAGCUAAUCAGAAAGGCCCCUUGUGGGAUGAAGUCUCCAGGAUUAUGGGCGAGGAACACGGGUAUCAAAGGAGUGGGAAGAAGUGCAGGGAGAAAUUUGAGAAUUUGUACAAGUAUUACAAGAAGACUAAAGAAGGAAAAGCAGGAAGACAAGAUGGGAAGCAUUAUAGGUUCUUUCGCCAGCUUGAAGCUCUCUAUGGUGAAACCAGUGCAAUCUCCGACCAACCCGCCGGCAACACUUUCUACUGCAAUAAUGUCGUCGUAGGAAACCAUGGAGGGACCUCUUUUCCCCAAGCUUCAAAGCUUUCCGACAGCCUUAGCCUCUCCAAUAUGAACUCCUCUGAUUUCGAAUCCACCUCCUCGGGCGAGAGUGAUGACGACGAUGAACUCAACAGUGGGGAAAAGGGGAAGAAGAGAAAGGGGAGGAGGGGCUGGAAGUGCAAGAUAAAGGAGUUUAUAGACCAGAAAAUGAGGAAGCUAAUGGAGAAACAAGAAGCUUGGUUGGAGAAAAUGAUGAACACCAUUGAACAGAAAGAGAAAGAGAGGAUGAUAAGGGAGGAAGAUUGGAGGAAGCAAGAGGUUGGUCGGAUGGAGAGGGAACACAAAUUCUGGGCUAACGAAAGAGCCUGGAUCGAAGCUCGAGAUGCAGCUUUAAUGGAGGCACUCCACAAACUAACUGCAAAAGAAAUACCAAAAUCUCCAGACAAUCAUGAGGAUCAAAACUGGCAAGAAGGCGAGAUCACGAAGCUUAUACAGCUUAGGACUAAUAUGGAAUCAAGAUUCCAGCAGCACAUUGGGUGCUCAGAUGAUGUUCUGUGGGAGGAGAUUUCCAGCAAGAUGUCUUGUAUGGGGUACAAUGGGAAUAAUAACAAUGCAGCCAUGUGUAGAGACAAGUGGAUUAGCAUUAAAUGCAACAACAAGAGAAGGAAAGAAAACCCAGCAAAUUUUUUCACCCACCAUAACUUCCAGAUCAACAACAAUGGAGGAUCCCUAUCAUAUUCUGCACAACAGCCUUCACCCAAUCAUCAUCAUCACCAUACCAAUACCUCACCGAACCAUGGCGGAUUUAGGUUCUUGAUGGGCGACAGUGCCGAGAAUUUAUGGGAGAAUUAUGUGUUGAAACCAAGCAAAGGAGGAGACAAUAUAUAAUUCACCAAUAGCUAAUUAAGGAUCAUAUCACACUACUGUGUAACAUAUAUUGUAUUCUCAAUGCUGAAGAGAAGAUGGAUCAAAGAUUGUGUUAGAAUGGAUUAAGGUAAGUCAUCUUGGUUUUCGAUUUCAUCAUAGGAAGAUACAACUUUGGGAUUAUCAUCUAUCUGUGUUUUUAUUAA